CGCAGUGACAUCAAAAGGGGACGGUCCCAAUCGAUUUGAGGCGAGGCCUACAAGAAGCGAAGGUGCGGAGAUACUCCCAACUCCCCCACGCCGUCGCCGCCCCGCCCCGCCCCGAUGAUACCCGUCGACGAAGCCCUCCGCAUCGUCCUCAGCGUGGCGGAGCGCCUGCCGCCGGUGGCCGUGCCGCUCCACGAGGCCCUCGGGCUCAUCCUCGCCGAGGACGUCCGCGCCGCCGACCCUCUCCCUCCCUAUCGCGCCUCCAUCAAGGAUGGAUAUGCGGUGGUCGCUUCGGACGGGCCUGGAGUGUAUCCAGUGAUCACGGAGUCCAGAGCCGGCGAUGAUGGUGUGGGCGUGGUCGUUACUCCUGGAACUGUCGCUUAUGUGACGACCGGAGGACCAAUACCUGAUGGUGCUGACUCAGUUGUGCAAGUUGAGGAUACUGAAGAAGUGACAGACAAUGUGGAUGGGUUAAAGAGGGUCAGAAUAUUGGUGGGAGUACCACUUGGAAAUGACAUUCGUAAUGUGGGUUGCGACAUUGAGAAAGAUAUCAUGGUAUUGAAGGCAGGUGAACAAUUGGGCAGUCCAGAGAUUGGUCUGCUUGCCACUGUAGGAGUCGCAAUUGUGAAGGUGUACCCUAGACCAACUGUAGGAGUGCUUUCUACUGGAGAUGAGCUAGUAGAACCAGAAACUAAAUAUCUAAGUCGUGGUCAGAUACGAGAUUCUAACCGUGCAAUGCUAAUGGCAGCUGCUACUCAGCAGCAUUGUAAAGCUGUUGAUCUUGGGAUUGCUAGUGACAAGGAAGACAGUCUUACCGAGAUUUUUGAUGCAGCUAUUGCUUCUGACAUUGAUAUGCUUUUUACUUCUGGUGGUGUUUCUAUGGGAGAUAGAGAUUUUGUCAAACCCUGCUUAGCAAGAAUAGGGAACAUUCACUUUGAAAAGGUUUUCAUGAAGCCUGGGAAGCCGUUAACAUUUGCUCAGAUCACUACUAAUUCAAAAAAUAUUAAACUGUCAAAACCUGUCCUUGCUUUUGGUUUUCCUGGAAACCCUGUGAGUUGUCUUGUUUGCUUCAAUCUUUUUGCGGUGCCAGCAGUACGACAUCUUUCUGGUUGGGCAAAUCCUCAGCUUCAGAGAGUGCACACCCGGAUUGCACAGCCUAUAAGAUCAGACGCCCAUCGCCCAGAGUAUCAUUGUGCAAUAAUAAGAUGGGAGCUUGAUGAUGGAUCUGGCAGGCCUGGGUUCAUUGCUGAAAGCACUGGAAAACAAAUGAGUAGCCGCCUUUUAAGUUUGAAGUCUGCAAAUGCAUUAUUAGAGUUGCCAGCAACAGGCCAGAUAUUUGAAGAUGGAAAUUCUGUUCAAGCCAUACUAAUCUCUGACAUUAGCAGCUUGUUGAUGAGUAAGCUGACUGAUAGUAUGGCUUCCUUGUCAGUGCAGCAUGGACCUGCUACGCAAUGCUCUGCCAGACAACCCACAGCUGCAUCUCAAGAAUCAAUGGUCAAAGUAGCCAUUCUUACUGUGAGUGACACUGUUUCAUCUGGCAGUGGCCCUGAUAGGAGUGGUCCAAGGGCAGUUUCCGUGGUGAACUCUUUAUCCGAAAAGCUGGGAGGAGCCCAUGUGGUAGCAACAGCUGUGGUUCCUGAUGAAGUUGACAAAAUCAAGAACACCCUACUUAAAUGGAGUGAUAUCGAUAAAGUUGACCUCAUUCUUACUUUAGGUGGCACUGGCUGUACUCCAAGGGAUGUGACACCUGAGGCUACAAAGGCGGUGAUCCAGAAAGAAACACCUGGUCUUUCAUUCGUGAUGCUUCAAGAGAGUCUCAAGGUGACACCAUUCGCGAUGCUUUCACGGGCUGCAGCUGGGAUCAGAGGAUCAACAUUAAUCAUCAACAUGCCCGGGAACCCAAACGCUGUUGCCGAGUGCAUGGAGGCGUUGGUGCCGGCGCUGAAACAUGGCCUGAAGCAGAUCAAGGGGGACAAGAGAGAGAAGCACCCUCGCCACGCUCCGCAUGCUGAGGCCCCGCCGACGGACCAAUGGGAACGUAGCUACAAGGCUGCGUCUGCCACCGACCAAUGCUCCUGCUCACACUGACACGUCUCCUUCGUUGAACAAGAAUCUCUCUCUCUCUCUCUCUCUCCUUUUUGCCAAGCGAUCAUCUCCUUUCUGUUGUUGCCGAUGGGCAGAGAAAUCAGACAGAAACUCUCGAAUCUAUAUCUUCUAUGGGCAGACUGUAGAAAAGGAAACCUAUAGGUUCAUUUGCCUUUCCAUUAA